AUGUCAGACUCCAAGUGUCUUUGCGUCCGUUGGGAACAUACCACCAUUGAUGAGGUCCCUGAAUGCCUCGUAGCCCAGAUAGGUGCCUUGGCUCAAGAUCCAAGUUCCUUGCCCGGGCGGCCAGUAGGCCGGUUGGCGGAGAAAGGAGUUGCCUGCCUGCCUUCUAACAGUAGGCACCGGCCGUUGAUGGGGCCGAGGGGUAGACGGGGCACGGUGAACAAGCCAGCUGAAGGGAGAUAA